GAAACACAUUGUGACACAGAAUCUGGAAAUGCAGACAGACUCGCAACAAAUAUUCAUGGAUUCUGACAUUGGAUCAAAACAUACAUACAGUGAGUCGAACACUGAUUCACAGCUUCUGUCUGGGAACAUAAGUGAAAGUCUGAGUAAAACAGCGCUAAAAAUGAUAUGCUCCGAAUACCACAAAAGAGAAGCCAAUCCCUCUAACAUCCAUGAAGAACUACACCUGAUCCAACGAAUACUCAGGGUAUGUGACCCUAGCAACUGCAAACUACCAGGCUACAUUCAGAAUUUAAGCAUGGAAUAUUUCUCCCUUCAUUUGUACACAGAACGCGCCAUCUGCAUUCUUCAGCAUCAUUUGAGAAGUAAGUCUCCUGUGUCCCUCUACCUUGAUGGCACUGGAGGAGUUGUGUCCAAAAUACCCAACCAGCCAAAGCGCGUGUUGUACUAUGCGCUCGUUCUACCAGGGAAGGAUGGAGCUGCACCACCCUUGCCCAUUUGUGAAUUGGUCUCCAAUAAUCACUCGGUACCAGCAAUCACAUACUGGCUCAUGCUCUUUGAACUGCAUUUGUCAAAUUACACAGAACUCAACAUACACCACAUCGAGACUGCCUACAGCUGGGCUUUAAUGCUAAGUGUGCUUCAGGCCUUCAACAAAGAGAACAUCAGCUCUUAUCUUGACAGAGCAUAUAAGUUCUGCAUGGGACAAAUACCAUGGCAUGAAAUGAAGUCAUAUUCUGUCCUGCACAUUUGCUCAGCGCAAAUUUUAAAAGCUUUCAGACAAACAGUACUCAAGCAAACAGAUGACAAGGUACUGGGGGACUUUGUCACAUAUGCUUUUGCUGGACUCCAAGAUGCCACUAAUAUGACAGAAGCAAGAACUGUGUUCCAUGCUCUAUGUGUCCUGCUUACAAGCCCACAAAACACAAGCCUUGUCAAGGAAAGUCUGGCUCUUUUGGAAAGAGUGAUUUCAAAUGCCAAAGAUGAUCCACUUGAAAAAAACAUGGAGCAUAAAGACCGGGAAAUCUAUGAAGGUGAAGAAAGAAGAGAUGCAUUGACCAUCACGGGCAGAUCACCAUUCUUUGCCUAUUUCCUUCAAGUCAUGCAAGAGGUGAAGGAACAAGUAGCAAGUGAUGAAACAACAUUGGCAAAAGAGGACAACCCAUACUUCUGUCCAGGCAUCAUCACUAUCCUCUUUCACACCUACCUUGGCAUUUUUCCCCUUUGGAGUGGUGUACUGUUGACAGAGCUGAGAAGGAAUGAAUCUAAAGAACAGGAUGUGGUGUCAGACAAACUACCCAAAACAAGAGAUACCAACUGCCACGUUGGAAACUGGUUCGGAAUUGUCAAACAUUCCAUAUUGCACAAGGGAAAAAAGCUCAAGCCAGGAACCUUCAUAAGAAAAAUGCACCAAUCUCUGCAAGCCAGGUAUAAAGAACACAUCAUUCAGCACAAGCUUCCUCAAGAGAUACUCUUCCAACCACAACCUCCUACGACUCUUGAUCAGUCUCAAGAAACUUGGAUGAAGGAGGAGGAACAUGCUUCAUCCACCAAAUCCGAGUUUUAUUCAGUCCCACAAAAUAUAUCUGCUCCCAAAAAAAGACUGCUAAAGGUUGAGGCACAGACUGAUGAAAGCGGCCCUCCUGUUAAGAUCUUCAAACUAUGGAAGCAGUCAUCGACUCAGCUGAUUGUGGCCAUUGUGAGGUGUCCUAACCAGAAGUUGGAGUUCCUGUUACAUCAUCAGGAUUUUCAAUCAUUGUUCCCACAUGCGUGGAUAACAGGAGAGGUGCACCGAUCCCAAAAAAUAUUUUAUUGCAUAAUUGGAUAAUUACAUUUGCAUGUAACAAUGAUGUUAAGGGGGCAACGCAGUGGCACAGUACAUAGUGCUGUCGC